GGUAGCUCAGGAAGCAGGAUCCUGAUUAUUCCCAGAAGAAAGUCAGGUAUAGGGUUACCGCGGUGCCAAGUCAGGAGGUCAGGACUGCACAGCAGCCACAUCCCCUCACCUCCUCUCAGGGGAGUUCAUCAUUUUGGCAAUGGGAGAGAAUGAGGCCAGUGCAGCCCAGCCAGGUACCAAGAUGGCCUAUCAGAAGGUGAGUGCAGAGCAGCGGGCACAGGGGCACUCUGCGUACCUGGACAGCGAUGAGCUGCAGGGCACGGCGCUGGAGCUGGAGUGGGACAUGGAGAAGGAGCUGGAGGAGCCUGCCUUGGACCAGUUCCGCCUGGGCAGCCCCCAGAGCCCUGAGCUCCACCUGGAGCCCAUCCAGCCUUCCUCCUCUCCCAAGGGCAGGUUCCAGAGGCUUCAGGAGGACCCUGACUACGUCUCCCACUACACCAGACAGGCGCCCAAGAGCAGCCGCUGCAGCUUGCUCCGGGUGCUGAAAGUGUUUUGCACUGCUCUGAUUUUAUUUAUUUUUGGAAUUGUGAUAGGAUAUUACACCCACAAGAAAUGCCCUUCUCCCCCAGCGUCUCAAGAACCAAAUAAUCCUCAUAUCUACCAUGAAAUUCUCAAGGAAAUCAAAGCUGAAAACAUUCAGCGGAUUUACAGGGAUUUGUUAGAGUUCCCCAGAGAAGAUGAUGCAGACAUUGCCAUGAAGAUCCUGGCUCGGUGGCGUUCCCAAGGGCUGGAAGAUGUCCAGCUGGUGAAUUACUCUGUCCUGCUUGACCUGCCAGGCCCUUCUUCAAACACAGUCACUCUGCAGAGCAGCGGGGAGUGCUUUUAUCCAAGUGGACAGCAGUGCAGCAGGGACCCCAAAACCCUUCACAGCCCAGACCUCCUGUACUCGUACGCAGCUUAUUCUGCCAAAGGAACUCUUGAGGCAGAGCUUGUUGAUGUCCAGUAUGGGACCAUGGAGGACCUGAUCCGGGUUCAAGCCAUCACAAACGUGACCAAAAAAAUUGCACUUUUGAAGCUGGGACAAUCACCUUUGCUCUAUAAGCUUUCUCUGCUGGAAGAUGCAGGGUUUGGUGGUGUUCUCCUUUACACUGAUCCUUGUGACUUGCCAAAGACUGCAGACCUUGCUGAUAAAGCUUUUAUGGUCUCCUUGAACAGUGGAGGAGAUCCAUCCACGCCUGGGUAUGCCAGUAUUGAUGGGAGCUACAGGCAAAACCGACUGAACCUCACAACACUGUUGGUACAACCAAUUUCUGCAGUGCUCGCCAGAAAACUCAUUUCCCUACCUGAGGACACUGCCCAAAAAGCCAAGUGUACACCCCUCCAGCUGCCAGCUGCAGGCAAAAAAACGAUCAGUCUGAACAUUCAGUCUGUCACAACUUACAAGACAAUUUCUAAUGUCAUUGGAUAUCUGAAAGGAGCUGUAUUUCCUGACAGAUACAUCAUCAUUGGAAGCCAUCACAGCAGUUUGGAGGGUUAUGGUGGGCAAGGCUGGGCCAGCAGCACUGCUGUCAUCACAGCCCUGCUCCAAGCCCUGGUGGCAGAGGUGCAGAGGGGCUGGAGACCUGACAGGACCCUGCUCUUCUGCUCCUGGGGAGGAACAGCCCUGGGGAACGUCGGCUCCUACGAGUGGGCUGAGGAUCUCAGGAGUGUUCUUCAGAGAAAUGCUGUGGCCUAUGUUAGCCUCCAUAAUCCAGUCACAGGCAACUCAACUCUACACCCUGUUGCAUCCCCUUCUCUUCAGCAGCUGGCAGCAGAGAGCCAGAGCUUCAAUUGUGUGGAAGAGGCCAGAUGUCCAGGAUCCAAUGUGAGUUCUGUGCAGAUGCAGGGAGAUUCAGAUUAUUUCAUCAACCACCUUGGAGUACCUGCCAUGCAGUUUUCCUAUGAGGACAUCAAAGCAUCAGAGAAUUCCAGCUUUCUCUCUGAAGCUCUUUUUCCUGCACAUUCAACAAAGACUGAAGAGCUGGAUCCCUCCUUCAGCCUGCAUGAAACCAUUGCAAAGCUAACAGGACAAGUGACUUUGCAAAUUGCCACUGAUCCAGUUUUGCCGUUCAAUGCCCUCGACGUCGCCUUAGAAGUUCAGAACAGUCUGAAAGGUGAUGGAGCAGGAGUCCCCCAGCUGCUGGCAGCAGCCUCAGGGCUCCGGGACGCGGCGGAGCUGCUGCAGUCGGACGAGAUGCGCCCGGCCAACGACCCCCGGGAGAGAGCUCCUCUCAGGGUCAGGAUGCUCAAUGAUGUGCUGCAAGGCUUGGAGAAAAGCUUCCUGCUUCACCAGGCUCCUCCAGGACUCUACAGAAAUAUUCUUUACAGACUGGAUGACAGGACCAGCCAGUUUUCAGUGCUGCUGGAGGCACUGGAGCACUGCAAACUGCAUCAGUCAAAUGAGACUGUUCAAGCAGCCUUGUCAAAGGUGCUCAACAGCAUCAAUUCAGCUCAGGUUUACUUCAAAGCAGGGCUUGAUGUGUUUGAGACUACCUUAGCUGGAAAGAAAUGAGAGGAUUCUCUGCAUUCUAAGACACUUGUUUACAACUCUCAAAACAAAAGUUCUACUUGGACCAGGAUUGCUCUGAGGAUCAAACCUUUCUCAGCCUUCCCUUCAGCUGGCGCUUAAAGGUACUGCAACACGUGGUUUAAAUGUAAAACACUAUUUUGCACUGUUCACAAUAUAUCUCAAAUGUCUGUUCCUGAAUGUAUAAAACCUAAAGAGAGGGAUAACACUUCAGAGAUGCUUUUUGGAAGGACAUCUGCUGUAUUUUUGUACGUAAAAUAUGUUUUUAUGACUCUAAGAGCUCAAUCAUGCGAAGUACCGAGCACAAACUGUGGUGUGCUGAAGCCCUGAGACACCCAGAUGGGCACCCAGGGGAGAUUUCCUCUGUCACAAAAAUCUGACUCAAGUUUCCUAAUGUUUUCAGCCAGCUCAUCCUCUUCCUUACUCUGUUCAGGGUAAGUAAGAAGGAUGUGUUGUUUCCAUGGGUAUCCAGCACUGGAGUGGAAAUGCACAGAACACCUUCACUCCUGUGGAACAAUAAAUACCUCAGUUCUGAGAAUACAGACAAACCUUUAUUCUUCCAUUUCUGUAUGAAAAUAAAGAGUUGUUUUCUCUGAUGUUUCUCGGAGAGGAAAUUCUUGUGAUGCUUUCAGAUUAUUUGGAAAGUGUGAAUCGGUAAUUCCACUUGCACAGAAAUGCUUUGAAUGUUUAUGUUAAAUGAAAGAACUGCUUAGUCUUUAUGAGGCUAAAUUUUCAUCAAACAUUCCCAAAGCAUCCCACUUCAAGGUCUCUAAAUUUUCAGACAGCUGUAAAUAAAAGGAAGACUCCCCAAGUCCUGGGAAGACUUUUGGGAUUCCAUCACUCUUGGCCACACCACCAGCUAUUCCAGGCUGGUAAUUCCAUCAGACCUGGCAUAUAGGACCUGGAUUGUUGUCCAAAAAGCACAAGGAAAACAUACAUUCAUUCCCUGCUCUAGAAGCAGGAAUUCCAGUGUGGAGGCACAAGCUGGUGAAGCAUAUUGCAGAGCUAAAAUGCAGAUCUGUUUUUCCAUUGGUAGAAGGAGAUAAUCACACCAUUGCCUGUUGGCCAAAGUAAUCUGUGAGUGAAAGGAUCAGGAGGUUCAGUGUCCUCUGAGGGGAUGCUGUACAUUUGAGAACUGCAGGUCUUAAUACUAUAAAAGCUGAAAUUAUUAAGCCCUAUUUGGGUUUUACAGUCUAAUGGUUCUAGGUUUAGAGCUUAAAUAAUUAAUUUUAUAUAGAUACUUAGAAUUUAAAUAUAAUUUAUUUAAUGGAAAUGUUAAAUGUAUUGUUACCCAGUUUGCAUGGAAACUAUACAGGAACAUUUCAGGUUGCAAUAAAAAUGGAAAAAGUGUCUGUAUUAAUGUUUAAAAAUUGCCUUGAGGAGAAUUUCUGAGUGCACAAUUUGGUGAAAAACUUUUUCAAGUUCACAUAGCAAGAAAUGAGCUGUUUACAGAUCUGGGUUUCUGUUACCAAAGGAGUCUCUCCAGCAAUGGCCAGGACUGGGUACACACAGCUGUGCUGUUGCUGCAUUUCUUCACAAGUUAUGAUUGAAUAAUGGGCAAAAGCCCCCCGAGCCUGACCUGGGGCAGAGCUGAGCUGUUGUACAGCAGCCUCUGCAGUGGGAAUUUGUUCAGCCCCAGCCAGUGGGACUGCAUGGACUCAGACAUCAUUAUCUCCUAGCUUUCCUUGGCAUCUGAUCAGCAAAAGUUGAUGAUGAUUCUUCUGCUAAUACUGGCACCAGGUCUGUUUAGUGCAGAGAGAAUUUGACUUCUGGAGAGUGACAUUGUUUAUGAUGUAGGCUCACCCCCUAGUUUUUAUUAUUGUAGGAUUUAAGUGGUUGGAAUAUCCACUUUUGAAUUGCCUGUUUAUUUGGGAGACUUGGGGAUGCACUGUGCAUGCUAUGUGAAUUGUAUUUUGUAUAUUGUGACAGGGACCACUUUUCUAACAGCUCAUUAAGUGACAUAAUUUCUUUAGAGUGCUGCCUCACUGUGGAGCCUUUGAUGAUAUUAAAUGAUAAAGGGUCAGGUGCCAUCAGGAGACCAAAAAGAGAGAUUAACACUUUUGUUAACUCUACCAGGUGAAUUUAAUAGUUGCUUCUUCAUCCUUAGAAUGUUCCACCAAACCCACCUUGAAUUCAACCAAAGUGUACUCAGUAAUAUCAGUGAAAUCUGGUGGAAGCAAUAUCCCUCAUGGAUGAUUUCUCAGCCCUGUAAUUCCAAAAAAAAAAUAUUUAUCUUGUUUUCUCACUAAUGUCCUUCUGUAACCACUUCUAAAAUAUCAGACUUCAAAGUACUGCACUAGAAAAGCACUGCUAUUGUAAAUGUCUGUCUGUUCUAGAGAAAAUCAGAUGUUCUUGUUGGUGAGAUGAAUCAGAUGAGCUAUUUAGGGACUUAAAUGCAUUGAUUUCAAUGUCAUCUCACACUUGUAGAUCUUUUGUAGGCUUUUAUUUCAGUGUUCAGAUCUUACAUGUAAGUGAGUGUUCAGUGAUGAUAUUUGUACUGUUACAGCUUUGGAAAAAAAAGCACUUUUGAGCCAUAUCCUUCCAUUGAUUUUUAAAUCCUACCUAUUGACUUCUAGGAAUUUAUAUCAAGGUCCUAAGUACCCAGUAUGCUUCUAACAUAGAGUUUUUGUCCAACCAGCUGAGGAACAUCAGCUAAAGGAAGGGGUUAGUAAAUCAGAGCAGCUUACCCAGAUUGACUUCAUUCCUAUGUUGUACUGGAAUAAACAGAGCACCCUUAAAGGCAGAAGUACAUUUUCAAAUUAGCUUUACAGAGGCAUCAAUUGCCAGAGACAGUAUAACAAAUACAUUGAUUGCUAUUUAAUCUAGAGUCAUGCUCACAGUGACCAGAAAAUCCCUGCAGCCUACAAUAUUUGUAUGUUGAGACAGUUGAUAAUAAAAAGCCAAUAAGGUUUUAUUAGUAUGUAUUUUAAAGAGUCCAUAAAAAAGCUAAAGUACAAUCAAGUCAGAUGAAUAAAAAGUGCAUGGAAGCUGGAUUUUGAGUACUAACCUUAAAAAAGGCAGUGAAUUGUUUUUAUCAUCCAAGAAAAACAGUACCUGUGUGAAUAUGCAAACACACAAAUGCCUUAUGUCUUCAAAAGGUUGUGCAAACAUUAAUUUACUUACAUAAACAUAGAUGUAAAUAAUUACAUGAGAAAAUCAGUAAGCACUUUGCACUGCCUCACCUUUUAGGAAAGUAUUUCAGUGUAGAGAUGUGAAAGGAGGCACUGCAGCUGAGCUCAGUUCUUGCAACAGUAGGUGGGGAAAGGUUAAAUCUCAGGAAUUACAGAAGGAACCACUGGAGGUCAUUUAUUCCAACCUCCCUGCUCAAGCAGGGUCACCUAAGAGCAGCCUGCCAGGAGGGGCUGUGUUCAGGUGAGUGUUGAACACCUUCAGGGAUGGAGAGUGCUCAGCCUCUCUGGGCAAUCUGUCACCCUCACAGGGAAAGUGCUUCAUUCUUCUGUAGAAACUGUUCCUCCAAAUUUCCCCCUGUAUUUUUGAGUUGUUAGGUUGUUGUAAUUAGUUUAAUUGCAAACAUUCAGAAGGUAACCAUCAUUUCAUUUAGCAAAAACUCUCAGACACCAUCUCUAGGAUUUCACAGGUAUGAUACGUUAGAAAGUUUGUAUGAGGAGAUGUGUCCUUCAAGCCAUAAAGGUUUUUUGUUUUUUAAGUCACAGAAACUAAUGUCUAAUCUUUGAAGGUCCUUUUUACAGUCCCUGGUCCCUGGUCAUGGGUUUUCUCUAUACUUUAGGAGGCUGAUGGAGAACAAAAGAUGCAUCAGAAAAUUCAGGGAGGGAAAUCACCCACCAGUGUAGCUAUAAAUGCAUCCACUUUACCCAAACUUUUGUGGCUUGUGUUGAGUGGAAAGGAAGGCAAGAUAACUGUAUGGCUCAUCCUGGCUUUCAAAGCUGUUAGAUGCUGUAAAAAUGUCUGGUCUGUGUUCUCCCAGGAGCAGUUCAGAUUUCCUGGCAGGCCCUGUGCUGGGAGCUGGUGUCUGUGUCACUCAGCACUGGGCACCUACAAGCUCCUUGUGGGAGAUGUUCCUCCCCUUUGGUUUUAGCAGUGUCACACCAGUCCCAGAAAAGUGAUUGAUAGGAAACAAAUCUUAUUUCAAGGUGCCUGGGACCUGAGUUUGGAAAACAGUCAGCACCAUUAGUGUUCAAAACCAAGUAAGGUGUUGUAUUUGAGAGCUCUGAAUCUACAAAAUUUGAGAUAGGGUCUCCAGUAGCACAGAUGAAUGUCUCAAAUAUAGAAUGCAAACAUAUUUGUGGUCCAUUACAUGUUAUAUUAAUGAUUAAAAUUGCUGGGAUACCAGUGCAGUGAUUGUUUUGGGUGGCUUUAACCACCUUGCUGUUUUUUCUCCUAACACCAUCCUCUCCCAUCCCCUGAAUUCUACUUCUCUCACAUCUUUUUGCAAUGUGAUGAUUUUUCCCAUCUCUCACCACCUUUUUCUCAGCCUUUCCCACUGUUUUCUGUCUCCUUUUGCUUCCUUAUCACUUCUUAAGCUCCCCUUUAAUUUGCCAACCACGAAGUUAAUCCCCCUCUUUUCUCUCUCUGAUCUCAGUCUUGUCUUUUGUUCCCCAUUCAGUUCUCAGCUUGCCUCCCUCAAGUUUAAAAUAUUAUUUCUGGUACAGCUGACCAUAAUGAAGAGCUGAAAGUGGUGGAAAAGUCCUGCUCACAUCCAGAUGGAUAAAGAGACAUCAUCUGUUAAAUUCAAAGUGUUCACUUCUGAGUACAUGCAAGCAGCAGGUUUUCAGUUACAGCUUGACUGAAUGGAAACAUCUUC